AGGUGCAACCCUGUUCUCUAUCAUCCUUGACGAUGGUCUAUGAAUUUGCCCUGAAACCAGCGCUGUCAAUUUUUUAAAUUAUUUCAUUAAAAUCUAUUACCCAUCGAGAAACAGCUGAGCAAAUGGGAGGGUAGAAAAUCCGAAGCAUAAUCAUAGAGAGUAAUAGCAACCCUGAAUACUUCAAACACGAAGUUGAGCAAAAAGCGGAAAGAUUCUGUUGUGGAAAUUCAAUAAUUUUAAGCAAAAGGAGUAUAUAAAUACUUAAUAUUCUAAUAAAGUAUAUAAUUAAUAGUCUAAUGAAUUGUAAGGAAUUUUAAUAUUGUGGAAAACCUACUGUAAGUGGUAAGCAUUUUCGCAAAAACAACAAUGUCGAAGGAAAAAGAAGAAAAACAAGAAAACAAACAAACUGACCAGAGCGCAGGUGGCAGCGGCAAUGGAAAAUUUGGAUUGAGUCCGGAAUCUGAUGGUAUUACAAGUUGUGGCGCAGGCCAUUGUAGUGCUGUUCAAGGAGCGGAAUAUAAAGAGCACAAAAAAACUGCGCUCGACGAGUCACCGCCUUCAGUAUCACCCGCGGUAUCACUAACACCGACUCCUACUCCGUCUCCAACUACUGACAAUCGGCGGGAAGGCAUGGGCGCCUGUUCAACAAACACACUUUGUCAGAAUGAAGAUUACGCAUUACACAAAAGUGUUUUUGAAGGCGAUUUUAAGCGAUUAGCACGACUUAUUCAACGAUCUCCAGCCGGUUGGCAGCCUCAAGAAAAAAUCGCCUGCAAAGAUAAGCACGGUAAUACACCCUUGCAUCUGGCUGUUAUGCUCGGUAGAAAGGAAUGCAUACAUUUGUUGCUCGCUCAUGGUGCGCCAGUUAAAGUAAAAAAUAAUGAAGGUUGGUCACCGCUAGCUGAGGCAAUCAGCUAUGGUGAUCGUCAAACAAUUUCGGCCGUGCUGCGUAAACUUAAACAGCAGUCCCGUCAGCAUAUGGAGGCUCGGCGUACUAAAUUAGUUCGUGCUCUUCAGCAAAUGAAAGAUUUUUACAUGGAGUUAAAAUGGGAUUUUGCAUCCUGGGUUCCACUAGUAUCACGCAUGUUGCCGUCCGAUAUCUGUCGUAUACACAAGUCAGGAGCAACACUUCGACUCGAUACGACAUUAGUAGACUUUAAUGAUAUGCGCUGGGAAAGAGGUGAUAUUUCUUUCAUCUUUCGAGGCGAUCGCCCGCCACAUGAAUCAUUGACGGUGUUAGAUAACGAAUAUGAAUGUUAUCAGCAUGUUCGAUAUGAAGAUGCAGAUAUCGAAGACGAAGUGGAUGUGCUGAUGUCCACGGACAUUUUAGCGGCCCAAAUGUCAACAAAAAGCAUACAAUUCGCUCGAGCACAAAGUGGCUGGAUUUUCCGCGAAGAUCGAAAGGAAUUGGUUAGUGGACAGUAUCAGUGCGACUUAUAUUCAAUACAAGGCCUAGUCCUGAAGCAAAGGAAAAGGCGGGAGCACCUUUCCCACGAAGAUCUUCAAAAGAAUAGAGCUAUUGUCGACUCGAUAACCCGAGGGGGUCGUCGAGCAAGCGUAACCAGCGCGAAUGGAGCAGGGGGAUCCAGUGGCGACUCAGCAAAUGGAUCCGCAACAGAAAUGUCACGAAGAAGCUCAUUGCAACCACCGAAUCCACCUACAGCUACAUGGGAGGAAUACAUUAAUGCGCCUGCCGGUAAGUGCCCCCAAUUGGGACGUCCACCAGUACAUAAACAAUCAAACAAAACUAUACGGGCCACGGUAGCUAUGAGUAAAGAUUUUCCGCUUAGUGUAGAAAUGCUGCUAAACGUGUUAGAGGUAAUAGCGCCCUUCAAACACAUAAAUAAAUUACGGGAGUUUGUUACAUUAAAAUUGCCCAGUGGAUUUCCUGUCAAAGUAGAGAUACCUGUGCUUCAUACUGUAACAGCAAAAAUAACAUUUCAAAAGUUUGAAUUUCGUGACAACAUACCAGAAACCCUGUUCGUCGUACCAUCGCAUUAUGUUGAAGAUGCACGUCGUUUCCCAGACUUAUGACCGGCGGCGCCUCCACAACAACAAACAGCGGACAGUGUUGAUUUGAACCGAAAUGCUACCAGCGAAAGCUCAAUACCUACUCCAACAAGCACUAGACCGAAGUCGCAUGCCAGUUUCGACGAAAUAGAUUAGUGUACAUACAUAUACAGAAAACCAAUGAGGAUCUACGAUAAUCGCAGUCAAACGUUAUCUCCGAGGAACUACUAAUAUGUAUUACAAGACUAUUAGUCGUCGUAUUAAUUGAGUAUAUUACGUUCAAAAUCAACAGGAUGUUUAAAGGAGAAUUGUAAAUACCCAAAUACAGAUUAUGGUGCAUUUAUACUGUUUUUCCGGCGGCUUUAUUAUGUAUUUUGCCCAAAGACAAUGUGUACCCAUAUGUGCGUAUAAAUAAAUACAUGCAUAUAUGUACACAAAUGGCAAAUGUUUGAAAAUACAUACAUAUAUUAAAUCCGUAUCCAAUCAUACUCCGUCGCGCCUUAUCAAUGAAAGGUAUAUAAUUUGGUUGAAUUAAGGAAUUGAAAUGCUGCUAGUAAAACGGUAAUUUUAAUUUUGACACUAUCUUCUGAUAUCAUUACUUGAUUUGCUGUAAUAAAGUGUAAUUUCACUUAUCGGAGUAUGUUAAGGCGCAACACAAGCAUUAAUAUUUGAUUAUGCCUGUGGCAUCAAGGCGUAUUCUCAAUUCAAACAUAGGAAGUUUUCGGUUUUAUGUCACUUGUGUUUUUUUGGUAAACCAAAAACUUGUUGUUGUUGUACGUAUAUACAUCUGACCAUAAAAAUACCAUUGGCUAUAGAAGGCAUAUCAGUUUAGUAUGACAUCAAAAAAAUAUUAGCACAUAAAUAUUAUAUUCAUGAAAGGCAUUAAAUAUUGUUAUAUUGUGUUAGUGUGUAUAUAUUGUUUGCCAUUACCAAUACAUGCAUGUUAUUUUAAUUUAUUGUCGCAAAUCAUAUUUAUAUUAUUACGCAAUUAGUUAAUUUUUCCGCAUAAAAUAUAAUAUUCACAUGUUGAUAAAAUGGAAAAUUCUGCUUAUCAUUCUCAUUGAUACGAGUUGACGCUAUCUAUAAAGCGUGUAUGUGUAUGUAUAUACUACUUUUAUGAUUUGUUUGCAGGCUGUAUUUCUUCAAUGCUAAAAAAUUAAUUUAACAUUAAAGAAAAGUGUGGAAUUGUAGGGGCUUUUAAUACUUUUUCAAAAAUCUUGUCGUUUAAGGUCAAGGUUAUGAUAGAUUUCACUUUUUCUGGACGUACAUAAACGUGUAUACAAUUAGAUGUAUAUGCAUAUGUUCAUUAUAUAUAUAUGUACAUACGUAUAUAGUUUAGUGCAUAUAUUUAAGAUGCAAUUAAAUCGUAAGCAUAAAAUUAAAUACCAUGGCUACAAAGGCUAAAUGUAGAACUUCACUGUUAGUAACUAGGUUACCCAGGAAACACCGUUCGCAAAACUUAAAAUUAAUAUAACUAGUUUAUUAAUACUUGAUAAAAAAUUAUUUAAUGCAUUCCCUAUUCUCAACUUGCGAAAAGCUAUUUGUCACAAUUUCGUAAUUUUUUUUUAUAAUCUAACCAAAGUUUUAUUAACUACAUUUCUGAUUAUAUACUAUAUGCUCAAUAUUUGAACUCUAAAAGUAUUUCAAUUGUUUUUUAGUUGAUCUGUUUUAGGAAAGUGUAUUUUAUUGAUGUAUCCUUGAAGAAAAUAAAUGUGUGAAAUAAUUAAUACAUGUUUUAAGAUUUUUCAAAAAAAAAAUAAUAAUAUGUAAAAUACUUCUCUGUGCGAACUGGUAGUCAAUUAAAUAUUAUGGUUGAUGCUUAACUUUAAUUUUAAUCCUAAAAGAUCUUUUGCUUAACUUAAUUUUUCAGCAUUCGUAAAUGUAUGCAAGUACAAUUGUUACCUUUGAUUGUUCGAAAUGUUUGAUGAAGUAAAAUGUCACUAUGAAUUAUAAAAGUGUGUCACAUUCAGUAAAUGCAUACAUUUGUAUCUUACCACGUCUUAGGUUCAGCUGUAGCAAAACAUAUAUAAAAGUUAUUUGUGCUAAUGAGCUAAAGAAAAAAACUCAAAUCAAAACAUUUACGUCCCAACUAGAAAAAAACUUUCUCUACAUAUACAUACCCGAAAAUAGAAAUUUGCAGUGCAACUAGAGCCUAAUGCACAUAUUUCGUGUUCAUGUAUUUAUGUGUUUUAUUGAGUUGCGCAAAAAAAUAAUUACAUUCAUCUUUCAAUGACACACAAUACAAUACAUAUACAUAUACCUAUAUACAUUUAUAAUAAAAAUUGUUGAAGUGCAAAACAGCUAAUAUAAAUUAAUGUAAGCAAGAGUGAUAAUAUUAAUUAAAAAAGUUUUAAUGGACCGGAAAAAAAUAUGAAAAAGAAAAAAGGAACUGGCUGCCAUACAUAUUUGAAUACUUGUACAUGUUGACAUUUGUUUAUUUAAACAAAGUCGAGUAACGUCACGUACCGCCUAAAAAUUCAUUACUAUUCUCACAAAACUACAAAAUGGCAAUGUGUUAUAUGUUUAUAUGUAAAAUAAGUACAUAUUAUACACUGACUACUAAAUUUAUAAAAAAAAUUAAAUUUUGUACUUAAAUAUAAAGGGCAGUGCUCAAUCACGGCUUUCAUAAGUAAAAUCACGUAAAUAGAUAAACUGAAAUCAUUACCACGUGCAUGCGCACUAUUUAUGUUAUGAUUAUAAAGAUAAUAGCGAAUAAAUGUUAAAGAAUUUGAUGGAAAACACAAUUUAUGCUUCGAUCACUGUUUAUAUAUCUUUUUUAAGGCAGUUAGCCUUUAUUUAUUAAGUGAUUUCGCAUUUUUAGUCAUUUACAUUUGUAAGUGAUUGCCCUAGGUUUCUUAUUGAAUAUUAUUAUUAUUUUUUGUUUAAUAUACAAUAAUAUAAACUAGUUGAGACGUUCAAUAUAAGAAAAAAUUUAGAUAAUUUCGCUUUUUAAAGAACUGUGUAAUCUUGAUCACUUUAUGACUACUAAUGUAAUGCUUAAUAUAUAGCUCUAUAAGUUCCAAACCAAAGUAAUAUCGUAACUUAUGUCUCAACAUCUAAAUGCCUUUCACAUUUUCAUUCAAAAUGUAACAUACAUAAAUAUUAUUUGUACAAUAGAAUUACAUAUAUCAUGCAAUAAAAUUAAUAAA